AAAUCCUGUUGAUAAGACCUAAAAUUCAGUUGGCAUGUGAUGGCAACUAUAGGGAGUAUCGUUACUUCACUGGCUGGGCUAAACUUCAGCAGACAGAAGAAUAUUUUCUCCCUUGCAUGAUCCAAGAAAUAACAGGGCAGCAAACAGUACCAAUUGGGGAUGCAGUCUUAUCAACCUUAGAUACUUGUAUAGGCAGUGAGAUUUGUGAGGAGUUGUGGACAGCAGAAAGUCGACAUGUAGCUAUGGGCCUGGAUGGGGUGGAAAUAUUUACUAAUGGAAGUGCAAGUCACCAUCAACUUGGGAAGGCCUAUGAAAGUGUAGACUUGGUAAAAAGUGCAACAUAUAAGAGUGGUGGCAUAUAUUUGUUUGCCAACCAGAUUGGCUGUGAUGGAGACAGACUGUAUUUUGAUGGCAGAUCAAAGAUAGCAAUAAAUGGAGACAUAAUUGCUCAGGGAAAACAGUUCUCUUUGAAUGAAGUGGAAGUAUUGACAGCACCUUUAGAUUUAGAGGAUGUCCGUGGCUAUAAAAAUCAGAUAAAGUCCAGGUGUCAAUCAAUUCUCCAUUUUGAACUACAAACCAGUGUAAUCUAG